AUGUCUGCUUCUAGCCACUCGUUUGGCCAAUACACGGCGGUCAGGCAAGAAGAUGGCCACCGCCAGGAACUUGGGAUCUACCCGGCAAACAUGGAGUCUUUGAGCCCAUCUCUGUCACAGACGUCAACAAGGAGUGGCCAGGUCGUGUCAAGCAUUCAUGUCGUUCCCAAGCAAGACACCGAAGUCACUCAGAAUGAACCAAGGCAAUUAUUUGGACAAACUGACCCGAGGUUCUGCAAGUGGUCCAUCGGGUGGACGACGAUAGCAAUCAUAGUUGGGUGUUAUUUGUUAGCCUUCUUGACAGCACUAGGCAACUACCUCUUCUUCAACUAUCUAGACGGGCGUCUUGUCGAAGACUCGCUGUCACAAUCUUGGGUCGCGGCCAUGUCUACCGCUUUCGUUCGCGUCUACAGUGUACUUUUAACGACAUCGCUCGGCACUGCAUUUGCCCAACUGCUCUGGCGUCGAAUGAGACUCAAGGCGCACAGAGUAUCCACGAUCGACUCUCUGAUGUCGCUGACAAGAAAUCCGCUGCGGCUCUUCUGCUGGGAUGUCCUUUUCCAUGCGCCAUUUCUCUGGAUCUUUGGGCUUCUAUUGACACUCAUUCCAAUCGGAACGGUGUUGCCUCCUGGUGCUUUGGUCGUUCAUUCUAGGUCUAGAAUCAUCCACACUGAUGUGGUUGUGCCCACGUUUGAUCCAGCAUACUUGGGAAACGGUCUUUGGGAAGACUUUGAGCCGAGCUUUUUGUUCUCCGUCCUGCCUUAUCCCUCAGCUUAUGCACAACCUCGGACUCCGAUCAUACGACUAGCCAAACGGGUGCUCCUCGCCGACGACUACCUCACCAUGCCAUCCACUUGCGGCCGAAACUGUUCGUACAAUAUACAGUUCUCCGGGCCGGUCUUGAAGUGCCAGUCAAAAACAUUUCCAGGCCUCCAUAAAGUAGUCCAAGCCCAGUACCCGACCGCGAACGCAACGCCAGCGUUCUCGGUAGGAACCGCCUCCGCCGGAUUUGGCCCUGCGGACAUCGAAUGGCGAUAUCUUGGGGCGCAGCAAAUCGUGAACGAGACGAUACUCGGGGAUGGGUCGACGCAGUACUUCCGCUUCGACAUGCAGUAUCCGAUGAUCGACUCGAUGAGGACUCCCGGAGGAGGAGAAAACAUCAGCUGCGUCACCCUCGCCGCGAAUUACUCCGUCAACGCCAGCUUCAUCGAGGACAAGCAGACGCUGACGUGGGAAGUUUUCGACGAGCCUCAACCGCUGAAUGCGUCGCUCUUUGGUAACGUCUGGUUCGAGGACGCAGGCACAGAUCCGGACCCCUUCCUCAAGAUCAACUUUACGCAGGUCGACGAGCCCAUGCUCGUCCCGCCGCACGGCAGCAUUCCCAUCUCGCAGGCGGUGGCCGGGCUGAACAUACGCGCGAUCAGCGAGGCGCUGACCUCGACUCUGGCUGGAGCCAUCGUGGGCUAUACCAACAUAGGCUUCCAAGCGACCAACACGAUGCUGCUGGACAGCGCGUUCCUCGCGACCGACUCCAGCAACUACUCGUACCUAGCGUCCAGCCUCACAGCAGCGAAGCUUGAGGCUCUGAUGCAGAAGCUCGCCGUGUCGACGCUGCUGCUGCAGCAGCGCAACACCACGGUGCAGGCUACGCAGACGUUCUUCCACACGACGUACGUGCUCGCGCACCGCGCGUACCUCGUCGUCACGUACGCUGUCUCGCUCGGCGUGGCGCUCGCGUGCGUCGUGUGCGGGCUGGUUGCGCUGCUGAAGAACGGCGUCGCGGCUGAUGCGGGCGGGUUCUUGCAGAUUCUGUGCACGACUACCGGGGAUACUAAGCUGAAUCGGCUGGCGGGGAGGUGCUGUCUUGGUGGGGAUGAGAAUGUCGUGGCUGAGUUGAGGGGCUUGAGGGUGAGGUUUGGGGAGGUGAGGGGGAGCGGAGGAGUGGGGGCGGGGGUUACGGCGUUCGGGACGGUGGAGGAGACGGUGGAGAUACGGAAGGAGGGCAGAUGUAUCUACCUAGAUCAUUUGGUUACCGGAUUGGGUCUGCUCCGUGGCUCCUUUUGUAUCGCACCCAUCCCACCAAAAACAUCGCCAAUGGCUCGCAAUCCCGCCAAACGCGUCGCCAAGGCGGGCGGCGCGCCUGCCGCGGCCAAGGCCAAGCCCAGCGGGCCACCGCCGCCCUUCUCGACGGCCCCGGCCGAGCUGGCGCCCUUCUACGAGAAGCUCGACCCCGCGCGCAUCUACAUCACGCACAUCGACCGGCACCCGGCCGACUUCAAGAAGCAGAUCUUCACCGUGCCGGUGCUGCUGAACCUGGCCAUUGCCGCGCUGCUGGUCUGGCGCCUCUACACCGCCGGGCCCAUGUACUACGAGAUGGCGUUCGCGGCCAUGGGCAAGAAGAACGACGCGACGGUGCCGCGCGCGGAGCGGACCUGGGGCCAGCUGGCACGGCUCACGGUGACGCGCGGCUUCAUGUUUCUGCUGGACUACGUGCUCGUGACUAUCAUCGGCAACUGGCCGGUGACGUUCUUCUUUGAGCGGCCGGGCAACCCGUGCACGUGGCGGUGGGCCGUCGGGUUCCGCAACGCUGAGAUCUACGUGCGCGGCAGUCGGGGGUGGGGCGCCAGCGACCUGCUGGGCGAGGAGUCCGGGUCAGGAAAGAGAGGCCAGGACAGCCCGUUCUUCGCGACGCGGAUCCUGCCCGCCGUGGACCGGGGGCUCGUCAGCCGCAAGACGGGCUACCUGCUCAUGAACGCGGACUGGGACCUGGACUUUGCGGGCAUGGUGCGCGCGACGCAGCUGGUCGACGCCAAGACGCUGCCCGAGAGCGCGUUUGAGAAGAGCGUGUGGGUGCACGCCGGCGAGGACACGGGCUGGUGCGUGUGGGAGAUCUACCGCCUGGACGAGGGCGCCGAGGACGAGGGCCGCAAGAAAAUCGUCCUGUUCAAGGACAAGCUCACCCAAAUGGGCAAGGAGAGCUUGUUCUUCCGCUGGAUCGAGCUCAUCCAGUACGAGAGCAGCCAGCCGGGAGGCUUCACGCCCGCGCGCCAGCAGGACGCCGUCAAGAAGGCGCGCGAGCUUUUCGAGGCCAACGGCGUCGAUUUCGAAAAGUUUGCUGACGAGGUGGGCGGUUUGGACGGCAUGCCGGGUUUGGAAGGCAGUGCUUCGUGA